AACUUAGCAUCUUCUCACUGUAACUCAGCUGAACUCACAACUCCGGUCAACAUGUCCUACAGCUGCUGCUCUGGAAACUUCUUCUCCCGCUCCCUUGGGGGCUACCUGUACUACCCAGGCUCCUCCUGUGGCUCUUUUUACCCCAGCAACCUGGUCUACCGUACUGAUCUCUGCUCUCCCAGCCCCUGCCAGAGGUCCUGCUACCGUCCAAGGACCUCCAUACGCUGCAUUUCCUGUUGGCCAACUUAUGCUGUGUCUCUGGGCUCUGGGUCCAGCAGCUGCUGCUCCCUGAGCUAUGGAUCUAGAAGCUGCUACUCACUGGGCUGUGGAUCCCGUGGCUUCAGACCCCUGCGUUAUGGAGUCUGUGGCUUCCCUUGCCUGAGCUAUGGAUCCAGAUUCUGUCAUCCAAUCUACUUUGCCUCCAGGAGCUGCCAAUCAUCAUGUUACAGGCCAGCCUGUAGAUCCAUUUUCUAUCAAUCAACUUGUUGA